UUGGGAAGAUGGCAUCCUGGGUCUGGCCACAAGUUGAUUGGCAGGUGCUGUGACAAAAGCUCUGGACUCCAGUCCCUGUCCCCUGAGCUCUGCCCUCGGAUGUCCGACCGCCCAGAGCCUGCAUGCGCCGUGGGGCGCCCCAGGACCAGGAGCUGGUGGGUCCGGGGGCCCCUGGGCCGGGGUCCCGGGGCGCCCCUCCUCCCUUGGGACCCGUUGUCCCGGUCCUUGUUUUUCCCCCGGAUCUAGUAUUCAGGGCGGACCAGCGGAGCGGACCCCGACAACUGCUGACCCUCUAUAAUCCCACGGGAGCUGCGCUUCGCUUCCGAGUCCUCUGCACAGCACCUGCCAAAUACACAGUGUUUGACGCAGAAGGAUAUGUGAAGCCUCAGUCCUGCAUUGAUAUUGUGAUUCGCCAUGUGGCCCCCAUUCCCAGCCACUAUGACGUCCAGGACCGCUUCCGCAUUGAGCUGUUUGAGGAGGGAGCUGACGGCCGAGUGGUAGGGCGCAAGGACGUCCCCUCGGUUCUGAAAGCUCCAGCCUACCCCCUCAAGCUUCAGGCACAGCAGGACUCAGCCCCCCACCCAGGGCCUCCUGCCUGGACACCACCACCCUCGGCCAGACACUUCCAGGAGAAUGCCCAGCCACAACUGGCCACCAGCUCCUUCCUCCUCUUCUUGCUGGCGGGUGUUGUUUCUGUGGCAUUCCUGCUGCUCCCACUCCAGGAUGAACUUGGCAGCCAGCUGCCACAAGUCCUGCAUGUCUCCCUGGGACAGAAAUUGGUGGCAGCCUAUGUCUUGGGCCUCCUCACCAUGGUGUUCCUCCGGACCUAAGUUCCCUGCUCAGCCUCCACCCCAGCCUCCCUGGGGAGGGACUUGAGACAGCCACUGUGAUGCUCAGACUUGCCCCAACUCCUACUCACUUCUCCCUCCUUCUUGUCUCUCCUCCGGCGCUCCCGCCGCCCCCGCCCCCGCCCCCGGCAAAAUACCCAGGGAUUUGUACUCAUUUUCCAAGUUGAAUAAAUUUUAAAACUAAAGUGAGAAA